AUGGUCGCGUUGGACGUCGUGCGCACCAUCAAGCGUUCCCUGGUCCAGAGCCAGCCCCUGGUGGCCGUCUUCUUCGGCGGCACCGGCGGUAUAGGACAGUUCACACUGCGUGUCUUGGCCGCGGCUGAGGCGAAAGAAGGGGGAAAAGGUCUCCGCGCAUACGUUAUCGGGAGAAACGACAAAGCGGCGGAAGUCAUCCUCGCCGAUUGUCGCGCUGUUUACCCGCAGGGCCACUACCGGUUCCUCAAGGCCGAGGAUCUCUCUCUGAUCAGCGACGUCGACCGACUGUGCGCGGAGAUCAUGGAGCUGGAGCGCCGGGAAAGCCAGGAUGCGAAUCCCAGGAUCGACUACCUCAUGAUCUCGCAGGGCGGGAUGCCCUUUCUUCCGCGCAAAGAUACCAAAGAAGGCAUCGACGUGACCAUGUCGCUCAUGUACUAUUCGCGCAUGCGGAUCCUCACCAAGCUGCUCCCCUUGCUGCUCAACUCGUCCCGCCCCACCGGCGCCACUGUCGUCUCGGUCUACGCCGCGGGCAUGGACGGCACCCUGUACGCGGACGACCUCUCGCUGCGCGAUCCGCGCCACUACCGCUACGCGACCGCCCGAUCGCACAUGUGCUACAUGCACGUGCUGUUCAUGGAGAGCCUGGCCCACCGACACCCAGGCGCAGACACGAAGCUGGCCUGCAUCCACAUCUUCCCGGGCAUCGUGGUCGGGCCGGGCUACCAGAGCACGGAGCUGCCGCGCUGGUUCCGCGUCGUGUUCCACUGGGUCCUGCUCCCGCUGUUCGGCCGCUGGCUUACCGUGCCGCCCAGCGAGUGUGGCGAGAGGAUGCUGUCCCUGGCGUCGCCCGCGCUGUAUCCCCCCGCCCGCGGGGCUACCAGUGCCCGGGGGGGAGAGGGAGAGGGAGGAGCGAUUGUCGGCACCGAAGGCAGCCCGGGGAGUGGAGUGUAUUCGCUCACGUGGAACGGGGAGAGUAACUUCAACCCCAAACCAUACCAGAAGUUCGACCGGGAGGAGAUGCGGACCAAGGUCUGGGAUCAUACCAUGCGGUGUUUCGAGGUCGUGGAGGCGGGAGGGGUCUUUACGGAGUGA